AUGUCUCAGCCUCCUGUUAAACACAACAAGAUUUAUGAGGACCGUUCAGAAGCCGAACCAUUUGGAAUGAAUGAAUACAUGGCAAAAGGAGACAGCAGAUUAACAAAAUAUGCAGAAACAGAUUUUCCGCCUAAGAAAGCAAAAGAACCAAGUGAAACAACGCCGUUGAGAGAUGCUUUCGAAGAAUACCGAAUGGAGAAAGAGAAAGAUAAAAGAGGAUGGUGUUUGAUAAUAAACAACCAGGAAUAUGACAAUUCUGUUCCAGAAAGAAAAGGAUCUCAUAAAGAUAGAGCACGUCUGUCGCAAGUAUUCAAGAAACUUAAAUUCAUAGUAGAGGUGAAAGAAAAUAUGCGUGGCGAAGCCAUGGAUUCAAUUUUGAAGGAAUAUGCUAAAAAGAAUCACACUCAGAUGGAUUGUUUUGUCUGCUGUAUCUUAUCGCAUGGAGAUAAAGAUGAAGUAAUUUGUUGCGAUGAAGAAUGUGUUACUAUUGAAACAAUGACUAGUUAUUUUCAAGCGUCAUGUUGCCCAAGUCUUGCAGGAAAACCAAAACUCUUUUUUUUCCAAGCAUGUCAAGGGAGUGAUCAUAUGGGCGAUGGUGAUGUCAGCUUGGUAGAUCGCGAGGGCGUUUGGGUGGAUGGUGAUGUCGGAUUCAUAUAUGGUGAUAUCGUUUUGAUAGAUGGUGAUGUGAUUAAGAUAAUUAGUGAUGUCGUUCAGAUAAAUGGGCAUGUGGUUUUGAUAAAUGAUGGUGUCGGUUUGAUAGAUGGUGCUGCGAUUUCAUUUUAA